ACAGCUCGGCUCGACUCAGCACAGCUCGGCUCAGCUCGGCUCGCGGCGGGGAUGGCGGUGCCGGAGCCGGACGCGCGGCUGGCGCAGGAGAAGGAGGAGGAGAGCGAGGAGGAGAGCGAGGUGCUGGAGGAGAGUCCCUGCGGUCGCUGGCAGAAGCGCCGCGAGCAGGUGAACCAGGGGAACAUGCCGGGCAUCCAGAGCACGUUCCUGGCCAUGGACACGGAGGAGGGGGUGGAGGUGGUGUGGAACGAGCUGCUCUUCACCGACAAGAAGGCCUUCAAAGCACACGAGGAGAAGAUCAAGACCAUGUUCGAGCAGCUGGUGCUGGUGGAUCACCCCAACAUCGUGAAGCUCCACAAGUACUGGCUGGACGUGAAGGACUCGAAGGCACGGGUCAUCUUCAUCACGGAAUACGUGUCCUCAGGGAGCCUCAAACAGUUCCUGAAGAAAACCAAGAAGAACCACAAGGCCAUGAACGCCCGGGCCUGGAAGCGCUGGUGCACCCAGAUCCUCUCGGCUCUCAGCUUCCUGCACUCCUGUGAGCCCCCCAUCAUCCACGGCAACCUGACCAGUGACACCAUCUUCAUCCAG